UACAGCCGCAGCAGCAUCGUAGUACGCAUGCACUCAAGCCCGAAGCGCUUUCUGUGUUCGAGCUCGAGAUAGUGGUGUGCUGGUGUGUUUAUUUCCCACGUUCUCGCGUCCUCCUGUCCUACCUCUCUCUUUUGUACCACUGAAGAAGCACACCGUCUAAUUGCGCCGCACCUUUGGCGAGUUGCACGAUCACACAACACACCAUCAUCAUGCGCUGGUGCGUCUGCAAACAGUGGGGCCCUCCUUCAUCUCUGUCGAUCGAGGAUGGCCCACCCUUGCCGCAGCCAGGGAAGGGCGAAGUGGCCAUCGCGGUGUCCGCGUGCGCUGUGAACUUUCCGGAUCUGCUGGUUGUCCAGGGCAAGUACCAGACCAAGCCCAAACUUCCUUUUGCGCCGGGGGGAGAGAUCGCAGGCGUCGUCACCGCGGUUGGAGCGGGCUCAGCUAGGUUCAAGCCCGGAGAUCGCGUGGUGAGCUUCGUCGGCUUUGGCGGCUUCUCGACCAACGUCGUCGUCCGAGAGGGCAGCGUCGCUCCUCUACCGUCGGGCAUGGACUUCUUCACAGCCUCCUGCCUCUUCGUCGCCUACGGCACGGCAGAUUACGCGCUGAGGAUCCGCGCGAAUCUCCGUAGAGGGGAGCUUGUCCUCGUGCUGGGUGCCUCUGGUGGUGUGGGUCUAGCCGCGGUUCAGCUGGCGAAGGCGGCCGGGGCUACCGUAAUCGCCGCAGCGUCUACCCGGGAAAAGCUGCAGGCCUGCAGAGACUCGGGCGCCGACUUCCUUCUCAACUACCGACAGGGAAACGGUAACGGUGGCGACCAGCGAGGUGGAGAUUGGCGGGGGGCUUUGAAGCGGCUGACAGGGGGACGGGGUGUAGAUGUUGUGCUGGACAACGUGGGCGGGGCUGACUGCGAGACGGCGGUGAGAAGCCUGGCCGUCGGAGGGCGAUACCUGGUGGUAGGGUUCGCGUCCGGAACCAUCCCGGCCCCGCCUCUGAACCUGGUUCUCCUGAAGGAGGCGUGCGUCAUGGGGGUGUUCUGGGGGGCGUGGAGAGAGCGAGAGCCAGAGAAGAGCGCUGAGCAGAUGGUCGAGAUCGUACGGCUGGUCAGCCUGGGAAAGGUGAAACCCACCAUUUCACGCGUGUACCCUCUAGACCAAGCACCACGCGCGCUGGAGGACAUGGGCGCUCGGAAGGUGGUCGGCAAGGUGGUCAUCGACACACGGUCUGAGGGUCGCAGUGGCCAGGGAAUGUCUUCCUCAAAGUUGUCGAUGUUGUAAAGUACUACGCCGGAGGUAGGCUGACUGUGUGCUGAUUCCACAGCCGUCCACGCAGCCUAUGGUCGCUCAACCGGGGGUGCUCUGGCGGGGCAAGUUGGUGGAGGGGCGUGUUUGUUUUGGGAAAGCGGGAGCGAUCUUUGCUGGGUUGAAUCCCCCCUCCUCAAGUUCUUUGCGUUUGAAUUCGGGUUGGUUGCAAGGUAGGAGGGAGGGGAGUUGGACAGAAACAGCUCUACUCAUUGAUGGCAAUGGCUGUUUGACGUGGGCCGAUUUGCGGAGUAUCGCUGUGACUCACCGUUGGUCGUACGCCCUUGACAAGAGUACCGGGAUGAGUGGCCACAAGAUGAAUUUUUCUUCCAUUCUCUUUGAUGGGCCCGUUGUCUCAUUGUAGGCGUCUGCCGUCGAGAUACUCCUGCGUAUGCCUGCUUUCUUGCAAUCUGCGUGUUGGCUGUUUUUGACACAAUUUUUCACCGAAUGCUUGCGUCUUUUGGUCUUCGUUUUUCCUUGAUUUUGUUAUGUCGUGCUGCUUGGGUGUGUGUUCUCCUUGGUGCACUCUUGUUUGGAGUGCUUGGAUACAAGAUCCGAUCCGGGCAAUGUUUGUAGGGGGCAUGCCGUUGGGGUUCCAUGUGCGGGGCCGAUCGAGAGAGGGAGGGCGAGAAAUAUAUAUACAUGAAUGGAGAGUACGCACUUGUAUCUUGCCUCUGUUCAUAUAGUUGUCCUUUUUAUUCCUCUUUGUGUUUCGUGUGUGCUGCACGGUGUAAGUUGAUCAAAUAAAUAUUUUAUGCCAUCAUCGGUCCGUGGUUAACCUAGUCACCGCAUUCAACUCUGACUACCGCGGGCGGGCGCGGUAGCCUCCGCGGGUGGGGGCUGAGGAACAAACAAGUGUUAAAUUACAUAUCCGUCCGAUGUUGCAAACAGGGUGGCGGUUUUGUUCGUAGGUCCUCAUGUUUUGCAGUGUACGGCUACAAGUAGUGAGCAUUAGACGGAGAGUUGAGACCCAACAGGAUUGGCAGUCUUCAUUGCCUUCUUGGUAAUGACGUGUCACAUCGUCUGGUACACCUUACUAAUAAAUUGCGGGAAGUGUGUGGGGG